AUGUCUGCCUCAACGCCCAUUCCUCAAGCCGACAUUAACAGGGCCAUGGAUGAUGCCGUCAUCAGGAUUGUUGAGGUGCUAGUGCCCCCUCAUGAUGCUUUUUCACGAACGGCACAGCAAUCGGAAAUAACUAACAGAAGCCCUUCGCAAUCGCCGCCUCGCCAAUUUCCCAACCUUCCCGUUCCAAGAGGUCCGUACGAGUCUUAUGAAGAUAUGCCCUCCCGGGGCAGUCCUGAGCGGGAGGGUAUUACAUUCACUCGACCUGCCGGUUCGCGGCCUUAUCAUCGAGUCCGUCCCCCUGCCUAUGAUGCUACGCUCCAAGUCGCAAGUCCGUCUCAGGCUUGGGCCUAUGCUGGUCCUGUGGCGCCUAACUACUAUGUUAACACACAAUCAGGAUUCAAUAACGUCGGAGCUCCACCACAACCUGGAUUCAAUAACGCUCCACCACAACCUGUUCAAGGAUCGGCGUACAGCCAUGUGCAAGGACCGGCGGGUUACGCUCAAUCUCCGGCACAAUUUGUCCAAGGAUCGGGACACCCAGCACAAUACUAUGGUCCACCUCUGCCAGAAUACUACAAUGAUCAAGGACUAACGCCACCUUGGAAUUACACAGGCCAGUAA